AUUUGGCAGAUUGCGGAUAAAGAAAACAGAGGCUUCCUCACCCCGGCUGGGUUUGGCAUCGUCUUGAGGCUCAUUGGGCAUGCACAGGCCGGCCGGGAACCAACUCCCGAGCUGGCUCUUCAGCAAGGUCCUAUUCCACGAUUCGAUGGCUUCACACCGACCCCUGCCCCUAUUCCACCGCCGCCCGCGGUUCAGGCCCAGGCCACGGGCGCCCCAGGUCCCAUUCGCAUCCCACCGCUGACUCCGGAGAAGGUUGCCCAGUAUGCUGGCUUGUUCGAGAGACAGCCUCUUCAGGCUGGCGGUAUGCUUCCUGGAGACCAGGCCAAGCAAAUCUUUGAGAAAUCUGGUCUUCCCAACGAGGUCCUGGGUCGUAUCUGGAUGCUUGCCGACACCGAACAGCGCGGCGCCCUCGUCUUGACCGAAUUCGUUAUCGCCAUGCACUUGCUUUCUUCCAUGAAGACUGGCGCGUUGCGCGGCUUGCCCAACAUCCUGCCUGCGGCCCUUUACGAGGCGGCCACUCGCCGUGCACCGCUUGGCGCAAGCAUCCCCAGACAACAGUCCCCCACAACGGCUACACCACCCAUCUCGGCCGUCCCACGACAGCUCACCGGCCCAGCGCCCUUGCAGCAGAUGCGCACCGGAAGUCCCCUUGGCCGCCCCCCGAUUGUUGCGCAAACGACUGGAGACUGGCUGGUUACUCCACAGGACAAGGCUCGGUUUGAUCAACUGUACGAGGAGCUCGACAAGUCAAAGAAGGGAUUCAUUACUGGUGAAGAAGCUGUCGGGUUUUUCAGUCAGUCCAAUCUUUCCGAGGAUGCUCUGGCCCAGAUUUGGGAUCUGGCCGAUAUCAACUCUGCGGGCCGCUUGACCAGGGACGAGUUCGCCGUCGCCAUGUAUCUUAUCCGACAGCAACGCACCAAGCCAGGCGCCCAUACUUUGCCGACCACCCUCCCCGCCAACCUCAUCCCACCGAGCAUGCGGGCGCAGGUUGUUAGACCCCCAACAGCCACCGGCGCUUCAGCUUUUGACGCACCCCCACGACCUCAGCCAAAGCCAUCUGCGCUCGAAGACUUGUUUGGGCUGGAUGAUCCUCAGCCGCCAGCGCCAGCUCAGGUGGCUUUGGCUACAGGCGGAUCGGCUGGUGGUGAUCCCUUUGCUACUAGCAUGAGCCCUGUUGCCCCUACGUCACCAGCCAGACCGUCUCCCAACACCUCGACAUUCAAGCCUUUUGUUCCGUCCUCUUCCUUUGGCCGCGGCCUUACCACACAGCCUACCGGUGGCUCCAAUGCGUCCGCUGCAGGUUCCGUGACUAGUCUCCCGAUGAGACCUCCUGCUCCCUCCUUUGAAGACGACCUGCUUGGUGAUGCCGAGCCCGAGGUUAGCAAGAACUUGUCGAGCGAGACUACUGAGCUUGCCAACCUGUCCAACCAGAUUGGUUCUUUGACCAAGCAAGUGCAGGAUGUGCAGGGUCAACGUGCGGCUACCCAGAAUGAGCUCAGCCAGUCCAGCAUCCAGAAGAAGAACUUUGAGCAGCGUCUGGCUCAGCUGCGCGCCAUGUACGAGAAGGAAGCGCAGGAUGUCCGGUCGCUCGAGACGCAGCUUACCGCCUCCAAGAAUGAGACCAAGAAGCUCCAGACCGAGUUUGCCAUGAUUGAUGCUAGCUAUCAAGACAUCCAGAACCAGCACCGAACCGUUGUGGCGGCCCUGCAGGCGGAUCAACAGGAAAACGCAAGCCUUAAGGAGCGGAUCCGGGCAGUGAAUGCCGAGAUUGCGCAGCUGAAGCCUCAGGUCGAGAAGCUCAAGUCCGAGGCCAGACAGCAAAAGGGGCUUGUCGCUAUCAACAAGAAGCAGCUCGCCACCAACGAGGGUGAACGGGACAAGCUGAAGACGGAGGUGGAGGAGCUCACCAAGAGCAACGAGGAGCUUGCCCGCCAGGCCAACAGCAGUUCGCCUGGUUUGGCUCAAGUCGGAAGCCCGGCCCUUUCCACCACGAGCGCUAAUAACCCUUUCUUCCGGAGGACGGGAAGCACCGAUAUCACCGGGGCUUUUGCCUCGCCCCCCAUUCGGUCCUUUAGCAACCAGAGCUUCGAUGAUGUCUUUGGGCCCAGUCUGAACGUCCGUGAUACGAGCACCCCUCCUCCUCAGCCCGCCAGUGCUAUUCCAGCACAAUUCACCGGAACCUCCACUGGCAGCGGAUCAUUUGCGACACCUGGCUCGAGCAGCCCUAAUGUUAGCCGCCAAGCCACCGUCGCGACCGACUCACCUACAGUCCCGGAACCUAGGCAGAUCAACUCUACCUUUCUGCCAUUUCCCGAACCCACCGACUCCCUGAGCACCUCCCGCCAGGCUUCGCCGGCCUUGAGCCGCCCCGAGACUCACCAGGAGUCCCAACCCAUCAGGGCUGCUUCGCCUAUUGAGGCUCUCAAGACGGGACAGAGCUUUGCCUCUGGCUCGGGCUCCGACCGGCCAAGAGCCCCCUCGGUCGCUUCGGAUAAGCCUUCCAACGUCUUUGGUUCUGUUCCCGAAGAGACGAUCCAGCGUCCCGCCACCAGUGGUAACGUGGACCCCUUCGCCGUGGACCAACAAAAGGCCAAGGAGGACUUUGAGUCGGCCUUUGCCAGCUUCAAGCAGGCCAAGGCUGCCGCUCCCGCCUCGUCGGGCGCGGAUGCGACCAAGGCAUUCUCAACCUUCAACAACGAAUUCCCUCCCAUCUCGGAACUCGAGCGUGACGACGAGUCGGACAGUGAGAGUGAGCGCGGCGGGUUCGACGAUGACUUUGCGCCAGUUUCGCCGGCCACCAAGCCGGUCGAGAAGAGCAUCGAGUCUCGAUCUGCCUCCCCAACUAUCACCACCAAGUCUGCACCAGACGCUGCUGUGGCCGCGGGAUCCUCCCAGAGCCCAGCUCCUGAGCAGCAAGCUGCGAGGUACGACCAACGUCGUUUAGUCUCGUUUUCGCUCCAGCCCACCCUUCAUUAUUACACAGAGACUGACAUUAUUUGCAGCGAGAAACCUGCCGCCGCCACUACGGCCUCGUCCACUAACCUGACCAAGCUCUCCAGCUCGAAUGUAGACGACAUCUUUGGCUCAGCUCUCGCAGCCCAGCCUGCUGCCGCUGCAACGAACAACCGCCCGAGCACUGCGACUGCUCCUGCGCCCAAGGGUGCGUUUGACGAUCUUGAUGACGAUUUCGAGGGUCUCGAGGAUGCCAAGGAGGGUUCCGCCGACGAUGACUUUGCCAACAUCUCCCGGUCCGGUCUCGACGACUUCAACCCCGUCUUUGACAGCAGCCCGCCGCCAAGCCAGCCCAAGAGCGACUCGGCCGCCACCAGCGGAGCCUUUGGUGGUGAGAGCAGCUUCGACUUCGCCUCACUAUCGACCACUUCGGCCGCCAACAGCACGGCUGGUCCCGCGUCUGCUUCGGGCCCUGGCAAAGCCAAGGGUGAUGCCCACGACUGGGAUGCCAUUUUUGCCGGUCUAGAUGAGACCCCCACUGCAUCGUCAGUGACGCUGGCCAGUGGCAACGAAAACGCCAAGGAGGCUCCGGCAAGGCCGGCUGCUGGGAGGACGCUGACGGAGGAGGGGGAGCACGAUGAUCCGAUCCUGAAGAACCUCACGAGUAUGGGGUACUCCCGGACGGAUGCGCUAGCGGCGCUGGAGAAGUAUGAUAACAAUUUGGAGAGGGCUGCGAAUUAUCUUGCCAGUCAGUCUUAG